CCUUGAUUUUUUGCAUUGAUUUUUUUUUAGUUAUACAUCUUAUUUUCGUUACUAUAAAUUCUAAUGGUUUUUUUUAACGAUUGUAGGUUUUGGAUGAGUGAAAGCAACCAUGAUGCAUAAAGAAGAUUUAGUGAUGUUUCAAUUGAUUAACGGACUAAUCAAGGUGCGGUUCAGAAAUUUAUGUUCCAAAACAUUGUUACAAAUCGAUGGGGGAAAAGGGACAUAUUCCAAAAUCUGAUACACAUGGUCUACAGUGUCACUCAAUGUCAUGUGUUCUCUGAUGGCAUUGAAGACAGAGUUGUGGUGGGGAGCCUUGAUCUUAACCAAUGCCGUUGGCUUCCUGAUGAAAUUGCUGGAACAAAACCAGAGGGGAUUGGUGUGGAUUUUGCGAGAGCAUACUUAAGCAAUGUCUGUGUUGCAAAAGAGCUGCAUCGUAAUGGAGUUGGUUACAAACUCAUUGAUAAGUCCAAGAGAGUGGGCCAAUGAAGCAGCACAGAGGCUAUACAUGAAAAGCGGGAUCGAGCAAGAGACUGUUGAGCAGCGUGGCAAGCUCGAUACCUCAAUAGACCACAACGGCUCCUCCUCUGGCUCCGCCUAUCUUCUUCUUCCCUGGAGCUGAUCCUCAGCUUUCUUCUUCCAAUGGACGCUUUACGAUUCCUUC